GGUCUGAAUAUGCGCCGCUGAUAUUACAUUUGGCAGAGGAGAAAAACAAUUCGAGCAGCUGUUGAAGGUCAAUCAAAAACUUUCCGGGCAGCAAAUAAGCAACGUUCGCACUCCGGCCUGCAAAGUAAAAACUGUUAAGGAAGUUUAAUCGCUUCUGAAGCCCGAAGGAUCCAGUCAUGUUGGGGUUAAAUCAUACCUUCAGACUCCUCGGAAGGACCCUGCGCCAGCAGAUCACCCCUAAAGCCAGCAUUACUUCUAAGCCUCCGAAGGAGGUUAUAACUCCGGGGGAACAAGCUGUUGCGCUGGUUGCUAUGUUCAUUGCCAUCUUGGUGCCCUCCGGUUGGAUUCUGUCUCACCUGGACGACUAUAAGCGCCGGAAGUGAUCCACGAGGAGACUGAUGUCCAUGUGAUGACCAGCAGGCUUUACUGAGAUUCAUGCAUUCCCCUGUCCGAUGCUGAGGUGCCGAAGCACUAAAAUGCUGAAUUUACCGAGCAGCCUUUAAAAUUAAAAUCUCUUUAAAUGAUA